AGUCGUACAACAUGCUCGACUGGCGCGGCGUCAAAGUUGCAACCGAGCACGCAAGAUACCGCCGUGUGCGCUGCCAAGGGAUAGCGCUCUCGCUUCUGUACCUCUUCUUUGCGUCUCUUGUUGCGUUCUGCACGUACGAGCUCAGCAGGAUCGCCAACACGCCUGUCUUUAUGGGCCUCAACUUUGAGGCGUUUACGACCAACCAGUUCCACGUUCCUAUCAACGCGCUACUCCAAGCAUCGACGGCGUUUCCGCUCUCGACCAAGUUAAAACCCAACGCGACCCUCUCUCUCAGCGAUCUCCUCUUCAAAAAGUGCGGCUUGGGCGACGAGACGUGUGCGACAGCUUUCGUACCUCGGUCCAACCAGAUCUGGCAAUGGGUGGCGAAAGCGUUUGCUCUGAUUCCCAAUUUUGACCAGCCGCGCUUCCAGGAUGCCGCCCAGACCGUUGUGAUUUCGCACAUCAACAACCUCAGCGGCUGGAACAAGGCGAUGGUGCAGUUUUCGAUCCCGGGCCAUAAUGUCGCCAUGACGUGCUUCAUUCGCCGCGUCCGGCUCUUUGCCCCAGAGUCACCGGCGUCCUCCGCUGUAGUCGACACCCUCGCCUUUUGCUCGCAGCGACCGUUUGAUCCGAAUUGGGUUUGCGAAAACGAAGUCGGCCUGGACGUUGCCACGUAUGCGAUCCAAGUGAGCCAAGGCAAGAUACAGUACAUUGGGGCUGUCCGGCGCGGGGACGUCUACUACCGCCCCGGAUACGCUGCCACGUGCCUCGGUGGUCCCAUCUCCCCAAUGCAGCUGGAACCCGUGCCCAUCAACACCGAGUACGAAGGCGGCGUCGUGCAGGUCAUGGCCCCUUGGGAUAUUGUUGGCGCUUGCAACUGUGCGACGCUCAACAAAGCUACAGGACGCGGCUGGCUCUUGCAACAAAAAGGUCUUAUGACGAUGCUCUGGACGUGCGACUCGCUCCUUCUUCAGAGCGCGCUCGUGCUUUGGUGUCUGACCGUCUACUUGGUGUGGCUGCAGUUUGCCUUUCUACGGCAUAGUGCCAUUUGCAGCGCGCCCGUCUUCUUGUCCAAGAACGUGAUUGGGCCCGUGAUUUUGCUCCUGACUUUCUACGGCAAUCACAGUCUCCAGACACUCAGCACAUUUAUGCACCAGAACCCGAGCUACACCUACGCAAGUUACUACCAGAUCAUCGGUCCAGCCCUCGUUGCAUCGAUCGUUGGUAUCAUGACGGGGACGCUGAUUCAGAUCUGGUUCAACCCGCGACUGGUCACGCAGACGUGGCUGCUUCUGGUGGCCAGUGUCGUCAACUGGCUUCUGGUCUUUUGCGUUGAAGCGUUUGUCGUUGCGCCCCAAAGCAACGCCGUGCCGAGAACGUGUCAGCUCGCGACCACAAUCAACUGCCUUGCGUACGACGCGCUUCCUCGCCUUCACUUGCUCUCGCCGCUUCUCUCGGGCGGCGUCGUUUUGCUUGCGAUUGGCUACAUCUAUCGAUCGUCUCGCCAAGCGGCUCAUAAGCACACAGUACAAGUGCCCGAAACGAACUCAAUUCUCAGCUACUUCAACAUUCAAGACUUUGCGUCGGUCACGACGUCGAUCGAGUGCUGCUGUGACACGGAUGAGGCCGGCGCGGUUGCUGUUGACGCCGGGCUUUUACUGAUCAAGAGCAUGCUCCAAGUUUCAGAUCGACACCUCACACGAACCUGCAACAUCCCGUACACCUGUGUCUACCGCCUCUUGGCAUCGACGCGGCUGCGUCGCUUGUGGAGCCAGUCUGUUGGCUCGAUCCUCGUCGUGCACGUUGGACAAGGCGCCAUUUUGCCUCGGGCGAGCUACAAGCUUCUUGACGAACUGGCUGCGGAGAAAGUGGCGACAGGGUAUCUCUCGUGAACCUUGCGGCAUCGAUCGAUAAUUCUCGAUGCUUUACUUGUUACUGGUGCCCGUAUUACUGUUAUAUGGCGAGGACACGGGAAGAGUAC